AUGCAUACACCCGCUGGACCAUCAGCGGACUUAGUUCUGCAAGGUCUGGAAACUGCCAAGAUGACAUGGCAAUGUCUAAUGCGAUGCAGUGAGUUGAUCCCUGCCGACGAUGAAAAUCACCGAGAGGCCAUGCUCUUGUUUGCCAUGAGCAUUCGAAUUCUGUUACUGGCAGUGCAGAAACUCAACAGCACCAUUAACUCCCAUCAAGCCGAGCUAUGCUACGAUGUUGCUAUUUCUGUGGGUAGCUUUGAGCUGAUGGGAGAGGCAAAAGCCGAGAUCAUUGGUGUUGUUGUUCGACGGGCACUGAACGCAAUCACCAUUGCACUGCAGCAUGUCUGGGAAAUCGCGGGUCAGCCGGUGAUACAAGCUGCCAGCGAGUAUGGGGGCAGCCCUGAUAUCCCUAGUCCGAUGAGCAUUCUUACCAGUCCAUCUGCCAAGAAUGAUACUCAUUCAAGACCACGUGCGUUCAGUGGAACGCCACCAAUGAAUGGGUUUGGGACUGAAGACGAUAAGAUCACGUCACUUCUUGCUACACUGCAAAUCACAAUGAAGGCAUUGAGGAGAUAUCAGGGGUCGGGUACUAGGCCUGAGCGAAGACCAUCCCUAAUAUAG